AUGAGCCCCCCGGGCAAUAGGGAUCAUGGGGCCCCUGUGUCCUUGCCCACACUUAAAAAUCAUAUAGGAAUAAUAGGUGGUAGGAGGCUGCAGAGACACAGCUACACAGGACAGAAAGGGGUGAAACAGGCUGCAGAGGCACAUCCACACAGGAGGAUAGGGUGACACCAGGGGUGGACUGACAACUCAUGGGGCCCCCAGGCAAUAGGGGAUCAUGGGGCCCCUGUGUCCUUGCCCAAACUCAAAAAAGCCUAUGAAAAAGGUACCAGGGGCAUCUCAUGGGGCCCCCUACUGACCCCGGGCCCUCAGGCAGUGCCUGAGUUUCCAAAUGGUCAGUCCGCCCCUG